UAAGAUACUUGAAUUAUUAUUUUUCCUUUUAUUUUUACCUUUUUGCACAAUAUAUCCUAAGUAGAUACGUCCCAAUAUAAAAUAGUGUCUCCGUGUUUUUUUUCUCCAUAAAUCGUAAAUCAAAAUGGUGUUCAUGAUGCAGACAAAAGUGUUGGGAUGGAAUAAACGGGAAAAAGUCGAUCUUAAAAAAAAAUCUUGAAGUAAAAUUGGAUACUAUGUUGCAUCUUAUGGAUUUUAUUUAUAAAUGUUACAUAUAUACAUAUCCAUGAGGUGUAUUGAUAGAAUAAAAUGUGAGAUGAUAUACACAUGAAGUGUAAUAGAAGAAUAAAAGUGAGAGAAAUUAAUUGUAUAUGCAAUUGCAGAAAAGGAGAGUAAAUAUGCAUGGUUGUCAAUAUUCUUUUGUUGUUAAAAUGAAUUAAAUGCAAUAAAUUAGGGGUUAUAUUUGCUUUUAACAUAGUUAGCAUACCAUCACAUUGCUAUUUGAUAAAUGGAUGAAGAAAACAAAAAUUAUUCCGAAAAUGUAACCAAGCAUUUGUUCAAUUUUAAGCAUUGGGUUGCGCAUUUACUUCACAUGCUUUUAAUAAAAAUAUAAAAUUCAUUAAUUUCAGGCACAAUUAAUCCGGAGGCAGUAUCCCCCAACCUCUCUACAACAAAUGUCGGCGAACAUAAUCCGGCGCCACCAGAAGACUUCAGGCGUGAGGCGGAUUUGUAUAUGCCGAUGACCAACAUCGUCCGAGUCUUACAUAGGACGCUCCCGCCCCAUGCAAAAAUUUCCGAUGAUGCGAAGGAGAUUAUUCAAGAAUGUGUCUCAGAGUUCAUCUCCUUUGUAACGAGUGAGGCCAAUGAGAAGGCCCACCGCGAGUACAAAAAAACUAUCCACCCAGAAGAUGUAAUCGCCGCCAUGGCUUCACUGGGAUUUGAUGACUACGUGGAGCCCCUGAGAAUUUUUCUGAAUAAAUAUCGGGCUGAGGAUCCUGAGCGCGGCACCUCGAUGCAGGUUCAAUUGCCGAUGGCCAUGCGCAGCGGCAUCCAGCAACCGGCGGCGGCUCCAGUAGCUCCACCAGUUCCAGCACCACCUCCGGCGCCGCUUGUGGUAAUGGGCAAUGGGGCGGUGAUAGUUGAUGACGAAGAAGUGAAGCCCGAUGAGUAUAUUGGGUUCGAUGAAGUAAUUAGAAAGUACUUUUUGAAGGAUUAGGGUGGUGGUGAUGGAGAAGGCUCCGCUAGUAACGGUGGCGAUUGAACAGUUCAGGCUUGUUCAGCGAGGGUUUCGUUUUUAAUCAAAUAAUAAUGUUCUGGUUUUAUGUGGAUGUUGCGUAAUGACUUU